AUGUGUCAAGCACUAGCUCGAAGUCUUAUUGAACAAAAUGUUGUUUCAUCAAAAGAUCAAAUAAUUGCAAGUGAUGUUGAUGAAAAUCAACGAAAAAUAGCAACAUCUCAAUUAGGUAUUACAACAACAGCUGAUAAUAAACAAGUAGUCAAACAAAGUAGUCUACUUAUCUUAGCUGUUAAACCAAAAGAUGUUGAAAGUGUCUUAAAUGAUAUUCGAGAAUCCUUCAUUCCACAGAAUCAUUUACUUGUUUCAAUUGCAGCUGGUAUUCGAACAACAACUAUUGAAAAAUUUCUUAAACCAAACAGUCGAGUAGUUCGUGUCAUGCCUAAUAUAGCUUGUUUAGUUAAUGCUAGUUGUAGUGUUUAUGCAUCUGGACAAUGUGCUACUGAUGAGGAUCGAUCAUUAGUAAAUGCGAUUUUCUCAUCUGUUGGUUCAUGUGAAGGUGAAAUUGAUGAGAAUUUACUCAAUGUAGUCACUGCUUUAAGUGGUAGUGGACCUGCUUAUUUUUCUGUUAUGGUUGAAGCACUUGCUGAUGGUGCAGUAAAAGCAGGUUUAAGUCGACCAUUAGCAUUGGCUUUAGCUUCAAAAACGAUGUUUGGUACAGCAAAAAUGUUACUUGAUAAAGAACAACAAUUUCAUCCAAGUCAAUUGAAAGAUGCAGUAGCUAGUCCAGGUGGUACAACUAUUUAUGGUCUUGAAAUCAUGGAAAAAGCUGCUGUACGAGCAGCUCUAAUGGAAACAGUAACAGCAGCAACUGAUCGAGCUGCUCAAUUAGAAUCGUAA